GUCCUGGAGCCAAGCGCACACUGAAUGGGGCAGUUCUACCUCUCUCUCUCCAUCUCUCUCUCUCUCUCUCUCUUAUUCUCGCCUUUCCCCUCCCUUUUACAGGAGUUGCCUCCUCCCUUCCCUCCUUCCCCCUUUCUCCUUCUCCCCCCUUCCUUCUCCACCCUAUUAAAACAACCUCCAAGUCUCACUUGUUAAAAAGCCCCCACAGAGGCAGAGAAACCCAAGAGCCCAGGGAGGAGGAAGGGGAAAAAAAGAGAGAGGGAGACAGAAGAAGGAUUCCCAAGAAGAAAGACAAGGAGGAGAGAAGAAGACAAUUUCUUUCAGAGAGAUUAAUAGCAAUCAAAGAAGGAGGCAAGAGGCGCCUGGAAAAUAUUCCCCAGCCAGCCAGCCAGCCACCGCUGCUGCUGCAACUGCUGAAGCUGGAAAGCUCCAGAUAGAAGCUCCAUUCAGCUCGGACCAAAGAGAGAGCUCAGUCUUUCCCUUGACGGAUGCUGCUCCUGUUGCUGCCUCCUGCUCAACUUUCUUCCAACUUCGAUGCCCGGCGCCUGGAAGACUCUGCGGGCGGCAGGAAGGGGCCCGACACUGAAGAAGCCCCUUUGGGGCGGGAAAGCCCCUUGUUUUAAGGCGAGGAAAAGGAGGAGAGGAAGAGCCAAGGGACCCUGAAACCCACCGGGGACCCAGGUGGAGGCAGAGAGGAAGGAGGCGCGCCAAGGCAGCCGAGCACCCCAACCGCGCGUCUUCUUCGCCCGACUUUCCUUUUUUCCCAUGCUUUGGAGGCGAGGGGUCCCCAAACCUCUCCGAAAGCUCUCCCGCCCCCUCCCCACCGAAGCCCCCUCGGGUUGGUGGUAGACCGUGGAUGCGCUCGAGGCGAGCAAGGCGGCAAGAUGCAUUGCGAGAGGUUUAUAUGUAUCUUGAGAAUACUUGGAACCACGCUGUUUGGAGUAUCUCUCCUCCUUGGAAUCUCAGCUGCUUACAUUGUGGGCUACCAGUUUAUCCAAACAGACAACUAUUAUUUUUCCUUUGGACUCUACGGUGCUAUUCUGGCAUCUCACCUCAUCAUCCAAAGCCUGUUUGCCUUUCUUGAACACAGGAAAAUGAAGCGAUCUCUUGAGACCCCCAUCAAGCUUAACAAAACUGUUGCCCUUUGCAUUGCUGCCUACCAAGAGGAUCCUGACUACUUAAGGAAAUGUUUACUUUCAGUGAAAAGACUCACCUACCCCGGAAUUAAAGUGAUUAUGGUAAUCGAUGGGAAUUCGGAAGAUGAUGUUUACAUGAUGGACAUUUUUACUGAGAUCAUGGGCAGGGAUAGAUCUGCAACUUACAUCUGGCGGAAUAAUUUUCAUCAGAGAGGCCCCGACGAGAGUGACGAGUCCCAUAAAGAGAGCAUGCAACACGUUACACAGCUGGUCCUGUCCAACAAAAGUGUCUGCAUCAUGCAGAAAUGGGGCGGGAAAAGAGAAGUAAUGUACACAGCAUUCAAAGCGCUGGGGCGAAGUGUGGAUUAUGUACAGGUAUGCGAUUCUGAUACGAUGCUUGAUCCAGCUUCAUCAGUGGAAAUGGUAAAGGUUUUAGAAGAAGAUCCAAUGGUUGGAGGUGUUGGGGGAGAUGUUCAGAUUUUGAACAAAUACGAUUCAUGGAUCUCCUUCCUCAGCAGCGUCAGAUACUGGAUGGCGUUUAAUAUCGAAAGAGCUUGCCAAUCCUACUUUGGCUGUGUCCAGUGCAUCAGCGGACCUUUGGGGAUGUACAGGAACUCCUUGCUCCAUGAAUUUGUGGAGGAUUGGUACAAUCAAGAAUUCAUGGGCUCUCAGUGUAGUUUUGGAGAUGAUAGACAUCUCACCAACCGAGUCCUGAGCCUUGGCUAUGCAACAAAAUACACCGCUCGAUCCAAGUGCCUUACCGAAACACCUAUAGAAUAUCUUAGGUGGUUGAACCAACAGACCCGUUGGAGUAAAUCCUAUUUCCGAGAGUGGCUAUACAAUGCAAUGUGGUUCCACAAGCAUCAUUUGUGGAUGACUUACGAAGCGGUCAUCACUGGGUUCUUCCCAUUUUUUCUCAUUGCCACCGUCAUCCAGCUUUUCUACCGAGGGAAGCUAUGGAACAUCCUCCUUUUCCUGUUAACUGUUCAGCUUGUGGGCCUUAUCAAGUCUUCCUUCGCCAGCUGCCUUAGAGGAAACAUUGUCAUGGUGUUCAUGUCCCUUUACUCAGUGUUGUACAUGUCAAGUUUACUUCCAGCCAAGAUGUUCGCCAUUGCCACAAUAAACAAGGCGGGAUGGGGCACAUCGGGGAGGAAAACCAUUGUGGUCAACUUCAUUGGACUCAUCCCUGUGUCCGUAUGGUUUACAAUCCUCUUAGGUGGUGUUAUUUUCACUGUAUACAAGGAAUCCAAAAAGCCAUUUUCUGAAUCAAAACAGACAGUGCUGAUUAUUGGUACGAUACUUUACGCCUGUUACUGGGUGAUGCUUUUGACUUUGUACUUGGUUCUUAUCACCAAAUGUGGACGGCGGAAGAAAGAACAACAGUAUGACAUGGUGCUCGACGUAUGAUUUGACCACUGUGUCUUUAUUAUUUUUUAAUAUUCUUUUUUUUUCUGGCUGCCCAUGGGAAAGUUUUUCGAAUGACCCGGUCAGGUUUCAGAUGGCCUGAGGAUGAACUUUCUAGUGUUUGUGGCACUGAAUUUGAUAUCAUCAAGGGAAAAAAAGAUCACUGCUGCUUGGAAACGAACAUGAACAAAUUCAUGACCAUGCCAAAGCAAAAUAAUAAUAAUAACAAUAAUAAUAAUAAAUGUGAUUGUGCCUUUUGGGGGAGGGGGGAGGGGGAAAAUCACAUAGAUUCAACCCAUCCCUAUGGGUGGUCUUUGAUGAUGCACUUUCUUCUGUUUUGCGUAUGCCCAAAAGUGUUAACGUCCUCUAUAUACCUCAUUGGUCACGCUCAUGAUGUGGAUGGACGAGGAAGAAAGGGAGUUUAGGAGACACAAGCAAAGGAUCUGAUAACCGCUUGCAACCUAAUUUAUGAACUUCUUGUUGUUCUGUGAUUUUUCUAGGAAGGCCUUUUUGUGAGUUUGGGUGUGUAUGUGUGUGUGUGUAAGUCUGUGUGUGUUAGGCUGCCAAUUGUUAAUUCCAAAGUCAAUUUUUUUAUAAAGUUUGAUGACCAAGUUGUAUUUUUAUAUAAUUGUAAUUAUUUGUCUCUGUUUACUUUUUACACCAGUUUUUUUUAAAAAAAGAAUCUCAUAUUUUAUAUUUCUGCCAAAAAGUACACUUCUUCCCUCCUCCAUCAACUUCUCAGUCUUUUCUUUUUUUCUAAACAAGUUUUGAGUAAUCCCUCCUUUAAAACGAAACAAAGCAAAAACUCUGGCCUACAAUGUGAAAAUGGAUACAGGUUUUUUUUCACAAUUGAAAGAAUAAAAUGUUUCGCUGUACUUUUAAAAAUGAUGAAUGGCUAUUUCUGUGAAAGUAUUUAAAUGUGUGCUUUUAUUUUCAUUUGGGAUGAAAAAUUCCAAGUUAGGUUUCGAAGGCAAAAAUCUUUUUGUACAAACAUGAGCCCAGUCUUCCAGGAAGUUCUUCUGCAUAGACUGCCAUUGAAAUGAAUGGGAAUAUUAGUGAGACUUGCAAUGAAACAUUGCAAUGUGAAGUGCUUUUUGGCAAGGCUCUGACCCGUGUGCCCUUUACCAAUAUACUCCACACCCUGUCCUGUUUUAUAACUUCCCCAUAUUUCUCCAGAAUAAUUUCAUUGCUACUGGGCAUGUAUUGUGCUCUUUGACCACUUGGCUUUCCAGUUUCCAAAUGUUAAUGUGAGCGUGUAAAAAUGUGCAAAAUAGCUUCCUGGGGAAUUGAGCCCAUUAAGGCCAACGGGAUGGAUGUGUGCAAUCUCUUUCCCCAGAAAUGUUGUAUGAGGGAAUAUGACUUCUGUCAGAUGGUGCACAUUUAGGGAUUUAACCCAUGCCUUAAUAGUUCUUUCAAUCCAUAAAGAAUAUGGGGCCCAAUGCAAUGUCUCCCACAUUUUAUGAAUUCCUCCUUGCCCCAACCUGGUAUUGAUCACUUUACUUGCUAAUCCUUCUUUCCCAUCACUUGAACAGUGUUGCUAUUGAGUGAAUUUCUUGUUUUUUUGUUUGUUUUAGAGCCCUUUCUCACUAUAUAACUAUAUGCUAUUUUUCUGCUGUAAGUGUCAUGGCUGCAUCUUACAGAACCCUGAGGACUAUAAAUUUAUGAGAGCCUAUGAAAAUGAAAAAUCGUGAAUAACUGAAUUGUUGGGGGUUUUUUUUACCUGAGGAACAUCUUCUUAGGAAUGUAUAGGUCCCCCAGCAUGAUUCUAUGGCCACCUUUUGUUGGAAGCUGUCCAUAGAAUUGCAUUGGAUGACCUAGAAAUUCCGAAGGAUGUCAUCUCUAGGGAUCCCUAGAUCCUCCAACAUGACUGGAGAAAGUUGACUGGAGUCACACUGGAAGACCUAGAGAUUACUAGACAGAUUGUUUUCAUCGAAUCCAUUUAUGAUGAAAUCUUCAAAAGUCAAACCUGCCAAUAUGCAGGUAAAGCUGUAAUCCACCCUAAUGAACCCCCCCCCCCCCCAAGGACUUCAUAGGAAGUUGUCAUGGCAGUUGAAGCAGAAUCGCCAUGCUAUAAUUGUGUACGUUGGAAGGAUCUCCCAUGACUUGGUGAAAUUUGUAUUUGGAGCAAGUUGGAAAGUCCUUCAUGUAAAUGAUUUCAGCUUCAGGAUUAUUUCCCAGGCCUGGUCAGAUGCAGGCUACAGGUUGCAGAAUAGAUUGCCUCACUUCAAAAUACAGGACCCCCCCCCCCCCCACAUCUCAAUAAUCUCUUAUGUAAAAAGGACACUGCAAUCUUAACUUUGUCCAUAGGGUUAAGGUUAUUGCACAGCUGUGGAACUUAUCUUGCCUUCCAGAUGUUGCUGGUCUGCAAAACUCAGCAGCCCUGGUCAGCAGAGUCAAUGGUGAGGUAUACCAACACGAUCUGAACCCCAUAGUGAUAUGCUGUUUGAUCAUAUUAAUUUUUAAAACCAGUACAUUUUUAAUAAAUUGGGAAGCAUUUAAAAAUGGCAUCUCCCAAAUUGUACAUUCUAAUAUUCUCUUGUCCAAAAUCAACCAUCUUAUUUUAUAUUAUUUAAAAGAGUAAAAUUAUCAGGAACGCAGACCUUCUGAACUGGAAACCAUACAUCUGUAGUUAAUUGUGAAAAGAACAGCAUAAGCUCAAAGGCACAGGUUUAGGUUGGGGGUUAAAUUCAGUGCUAACUAAAGGACAGAGCCCUUCAAGUCAAUGAGGCUUGUAUUCAUCAUGACCCAUUCAUAUUCUGUUUAUUCCACUGGAUCAAUGCUAAGUCUGGACCUAACCUCUUUGUAUUAUUUCCUAUUUCUCUCUUGUCCACUUAUGAUGAUUUCUCCCAUUUAUUCCAAUGUAUGGAGCAGCUCCUGUUAUUCACAGAAGUGAAUGCUAAAACUCUAUAGGUAGAAAAGAAUCCCAUUGACAUUCAAUGAACUCCUGCACCAGUAAAGGACUGAAUUAUCGGGGAAAGUUAUUUACAAAUAAUCCUAUGGCACCACAAAGAUCUGAACCAUUUACAUCAUAUAACUUUCUUGCAUCUAUCCAUCUUUCCAAACACUCACUUCACUCAUAAGAGUUCCUCUAUAUUUUGCAGACAAAAGUAGCCCCACAUUCUUAGAUCUCUGGGUUGCAGAUAUAUGAGCUCUUGAGUGAUGCUGUAAUAUUGUUAACAAAGAUCUCAAAUUACAAAAUGUUCAUAUUUCUCAACCCAAUAUUUUACUUAUAGUAGUGUAUGCUUCUGAAUGUUUAAAACUGGAAUUAAGCCACCUGACUAGUCAACUGAGUGACAACAGUCCCUUCCAAGGGAAAACAAGGAUCAAAAAAGUAUGAAAAGAUAAAGAGUCUGGGGGCAAUUCCCUUCCCAAGUGGUUUACUUGAUGGCAAAUCCAAACACUAGCUGGAAUCCUGCACCAGGAGAUGUAUGUCUGUGUAGCUAUGUCUCCACAGCUUACAUAUCCUGUUACUACCCAUCCAAAGCCCCACAAUUUAAGUGACACUGUCUCCCUCUUGUCAUUUCAAUGCCAUUGGAGAGCAGGGCAUGUCUCCAGCCAUUUCCCUGUAGGUGGAUCCAUUACAACAGGUAUCUGCAAGAACUUCAGGGGAUCCUUGGAAGGUUUCUCUAGAUGGCCCUUGCAGCACAGCCAGCUACAGGAAAUUAUUUGGACAUCUCUUAUCUUCUUGGUCUCUGGUAACAUGAAAAUGCGUCACUUAAAAGGUGAAUUUUAGGUGGGGGUACUUGGUCAUUGUAUAAGACUAAGCAAUACAGAAUUCUAGUCUCUACAAUGACCAAAAUGGUUGCAAUAGCCAAAGCUGGACUUAUGCUGUUGUAACUCACUAACAGGAUCCCUGUCAUAAUAACACUUUAAUCCCAUUGAAAUUAAUGGGGCAAGGCAGUCAUGAUUGAUACUAUUAUUAAUCCUAUUGAUUUAUAUAGGAUGACAGUUAAUCAGGACUAGCUGGCCCCAUUCUUUUUGAUGAAACUUGAAUGCUGCUGGCUUCUAGGACAAUCCUAUAUGUGUCUACUCAGAAACAAACCCCAAUGAGUUCAUAGAGUUUAAUUUCACAGCCACGGUCUGGAUUUAACACAACAGUAGGUAGGAAUGACUUUGUUGUAGAAACUCCCUGUGUCUGCUUCUCUCAUUGAUGCAAUUGGUAGGCAGAUGAGUUCGUUUUUAUACACCACUCAUAUUCCCCUCUUUUCCUCUGCCAACAAAUAGACGUCUGGUUUUGGAAAAGGAAAAGCUGGGUCCCAGUUCCUGCAUAGGAAAAGUGAGAUAAUAUUAAUUCCUAAGAAAAUUUGUGAAGAAAUGAAAGAAUGUCAAUAAGGUUACAAAUCCAUAUUCUUUAGGAUCUGUGCAUGGAGAAAACACUGUGGUAAAAUCUUUGUUCUCCAUGGAAUGCAGCUAUGAAAUUGACUUUUUCCUCUGCUGUGGAAUUUGUAGCACACUUGCUACCUUCUGCCUGACUGAGGAAAGUGUUUGCUUGAAAAUUUGCCUUAAAGGAUGCUCACAAUUGGGAUGAGAGGGGAGUGGAGAUGGAGCCUUUUUGGUGACCUGGCGAAUCAGUAUUAAACGUUUUAAGAACAAAAAGAAGCAAAGGACAAAAAUGGGGAAAAAAAGAAACUUGACUUUUGCCUUUCUAACUAUUUAUAUUGUAUAAGUUAUAGCUUUGGGGUUAACGCCGUUCAAGUGUCAGAUAAAACUCAUUCUAUAAAAGAUUGAAUUAAUUGCCUAUAUUUAUUUUAGCAAUUAUUCAAUGCAUUUCAAGUAUAGGUUGUUUAGUACAAUUGUUACUUUAAUAAAGAAAAUAUUUUUGAUA